CCCAAUCACCACAACAACUCCUGGCCUAUAUAACUGGAGAGCCGUCAUUUUUAUCUUCUCCGCGCCCGCCUCUUACCUUUCUUCUCCAUCACACAAAACUUUGGCACUCGCCUUUCACCGGAAAUGAGUUUCCGACGAGUACCCUUUGCCUUUGUGCUGUUCCUUUAUCUUAUUGUUUCUGCUCAGUCCCGUAACUUUGAUCAUUUUCAAAGGAAGCACAAAAUCAAUGGACCCAUCAAAACUCUGGUGAUUGUUGUCAUGGAAAAUCGCUCCUUUGAUCACAUAUUGGGAUGGCUCAAGUCGACUCGUCCCGAUAUUGAUGGUCUCACCGGUCACGAAUCCAACAGGGUCAACGUGACCGACUCAAAUUCCGACGAGAUUUUCGUUUCUGACGAUGCCAUCUUCGUUGACUCUGAUCCGGGUCACUCCUUCCAGGCGAUAAGGGAGCAGAUAUUCGGCUCCAGCGAGAGCUCGGCGAAUCCGGCACCGAUGAACGGGUUCGCUCAGCAGGCGGAGAGCAUGGGUGAAGGGAUGGCGAAGACCGUCAUGAGCGGGUUCGAGCCGGGUAGGGUUCCGAUUUACACUGAGUUGGCAAACGAGUUUGCGGUGUUCGAUCGGUGGUUCGCGUCAGUUCCCGCGUCAACUCAGCCGAACCGGUUCUACGCCCACUCGGCCACGUCUUUUGGAGCCAUGAGCAACGUGAGGAAGGACCUAAUCCAUGGAUUCCCCCAAAAAACGAUCUUUGAUUCCCUCGAAGAAAACGGCCUGACGUUCGGAAUUUAUUACCAGAAUAUCCCGGCGACCCUGUUCUUUUCGUCACUAAGGAAAUUGAAACACAUAACGAAGUUCCACAGCUACAGCUUAAAGUUCAAUCUCCACGCAAAACUUGGGCGGCUGCCGAAUUACGUGGUGGUGGAGCAGCGGUACUUCGAUAUCAAUAUAUCUCCGGCCAACGACGAUCAUCCGUCGCAUGACGUGGCGAGAGGGCAGAAGUUUGUGAAGGAGGUGUAUGAAACACUGAGAAAUAGUCCACAGUGGAAGGAGAUGGCUCUGCUGAUUACGUACGAUGAGCACGGCGGGUUCUAUGAUCAUGUGCCGACUCCUGUAUCCAAUGUUCCCAACCCAGAUGGAAUGGUUGGACCCGACCCAUAUUAUUUCGGGUUUGACAGGUUAGGCGUUAGGGUGCCAACCUUUCUGAUUUCCCCUUGGAUUGAUAAGGGCACUGUGAUCCAUGAACCAGUUGGUCCAACACCUGACUCACAAUUUGAACACUCUUCCAUCCCUGCUACGGUGAAGAAGCUUUUCAACUUAAACUCAAACUUCCUCACAAAGAGGGAUGCUUGGGCUGGAACUUUUGAGAGUUAUUUUCGCCUCCGUGAUACUCCCCGCAAUGAUUGUCCAGAAACUCUUCCGGAGGUGAAGGUAUCAUUGAGGCCAUGGGGACCAAAAGAAGAUGCAAAACUAUCAGAAUUCCAAGUUGAACUGGUCCAGCUUGCAUCGCAGCUGAAUGGUGAUCAUGUCCUCAGUACUUACCCAGACAUUGGCAAAUACAUGACUGUAGGUGAAGCCAACAGAUACGUGGAGGAUGCAGUCAAAAGAUUCCUGGAAGCUGGACGAGCUGCCUUAAGAGCUGGAGCUAAUGAAUCUGCCAUUGUUACAAUGAAACCUUCUCUUACUAGUCGAGCCAAUGCAGUGGACCACAGCAACUACCUUGAAGCCUACUAGUCUAUUCUACAACUCCCACAUCCACUUGAAAAACCAAAUCUCCCCUGAGAUGCUAUAUAUCAUAUUCUCUGGAUAAUGUAUUAUAUACAAGCCAUAGGAACUAAUUUAUAGACAACCUGACUCAAGGAUAACGAGUCUGCAGACAUUAGCUUAUUAUGAUAGAAACGUAGCCUCUGUAAACUUCUCCUUUCCACAGUACGAAGUAUGAACUUGAAUUAGCUUCUAUUAUCAGAUAGAUUGGCAGAUCUACAUCCGACAACCCUUUUUUUUUUUUAAUUAAUCGACAGGUGAGGU